UGGCUUGGUGGAUCGCUGCAGCAGUACUGACUGCUUGAUGCUGUGAGAGGACACAAUGCUGUCCCUCCCUUGAUGGGCUGCUGUUAGAUCCACACACAAAAGGGGGAUACCUAGACUUUUAUAAUCAUUUCAUAUUCUGCAUUCAGCAGCUUUAGUGUGUUGCUGUGUUUUUCUCACCAAAGCCUGAUACUCUGCAUCGGAUUGCAUUCCAGGAAGGUUCCUCCAUUAUUCAAUAGUUUGCUUGAUCUGAUUCUCCACUGUCAGACCUGCUAUUAUUUAUUUAUGAGCUUUGAGAUGAUAUGGAUUUUAAAUACUCCCUCACAUUGCUUUCCAGGAACUUAGUUGUAAAUAAAAAACUGUAAUACGCAGGAUUAAUGAUAAAACUUCUUCUUUCUUUUCUCCAUUUCACUCCUUUCAGCCUUCUGAGAACGGACUCUUUAGCGAGUGCCAUUUGUUGGCUGUCAUGGCAAUCCUCAAGCAUGACAACUCAUUUUCCAAGAUGUCAUAGAGCAAAUGUUGACUGCCUGUUUUUAUUGAGCUCCAGAAGGGAGAGGGGUGGAGAUGGGGAGGGCUGUAGGAGAUGUGCCCAUUCAUUUAUCGUUAGAGAAAAAAACAACCUCCACACCUCCCUUUUGCUCGACUAGACGAGAUCGUCACCAUGGCAACCGCUCGGCAUGCUCCCUGCCAGUGACAUGGGAGAAAACCUUGUAUCUACAAAAUGUCAAAGUUGCGAGAGCAGAGUAAAGAAGACUUGUUAGCAUAUGGUUUUACGUUUUUGCAGAUGUAUAAAUGAUUGAAUUACGUUUUAAUGAAUGUAAUCAGCCCAUUGAAGUUUUUACCCACAAUCCUUGAUUUGAAGGUACUUCCACGUGAAAAUGCUGCCUCCAGAUUCCUUGGCUGCUCAGCGUUCCCAGGUGGUGAGCAGCAUCCCUUUGAGGCUGGCUGCUGCUCAGUGAGCCCCUGGAAGAGGACUGCUGAGAACCGCAACUCUGCACAGCCAAGAUCCAGGGAUCGCCUCUCGUCACUGGGCUGUGAGAGCAGACCUCAACCCCCCUCCACCUUCCAGCUCCUGUCCAACCUCUCACUGAAGACGACAAUGUGACGAUUGGACUCUGUCAGAACCAUGUGACCUGCUGUUAUGGAUCUGAGAAUCACCAUACAUUGAAUCAACACUCAUUAAGUCACAAUGGUCCCACUUCUGUUUUUGGUGGCAACCACAACAUCAUCUAAUUCCACUGGCAAUGGCAACCAUACAAAAGAAGGCUUUACGUCCCCCAGCCAACAUGUCCUCCCCACUGUGCUGGUCCUGUCCCUGCUGCUGCUCAUCAUCGCGCUACUGGCCUGGUACUUCCUCAGGGUGAAGAACCAGAGAAAAGCAGUCGUCACAACAGUUGACAAGAAGAUACCAAAUGGCAUCCUGGAGGAACAAGAGUUUGGAUACAGUUCUGAGUCGUUAUACACCACUGUGCCACCAGAGCAACAGACGGUGGUCCUUCUGCCCAGAUCCCCCUCAGCCUCUAAGACCUACUUCCCCAUCCCCGUGGAGCACCUGGAGGACGAGAACAGGGUCCGCUCCGCCGACGAUGGGAAGCUCUUCAGGGAGGAGUACAAUUCCUUGCCUGGGGGGAAUGCCCAAGGGACGUAUGAGGAGGCGAACAAGGACGAAAACAAGGAGAAGAACAGAUACCCCAACAUCCUUCCUUAUGAUCAUUCCAGAGUGGUGUUGACUCAGCUAGAUGGAAAUCCCUGUUCGGACUAUGUGAACGCUUCUUACAUUGAUGGUUACACGGAAAAGAAAAAAUUCAUUGCAGCACAAGGUCCAAAAGAAGACACGGUAGCAGAUUUCUGGAGGAUGAUAUGGGAGCAGAAAGUAGCGACUGUUGUUAUGCUGACAAAUCUUAAAGAAAGGAAAGAGGACAAGUGUUACCAGUACUGGCCAGAUCAGGGCUGUUGGACCUAUGGGAGUGUGAGGGUGGCAGUGGAAGACUUCACUGUUCUUGUGGACUACACCAUCCGCAAGUUCUGUAUUCAAUAUCAGGCCAGCGAUGCUGCUAAGACUCCCAGGCUUGUCACCCAGCUCCACUUCACCAGCUGGCCCGACUUUGGAGUUCCUUUCUCCCCCAUCGGCAUGCUGAAGUUCCUCAAAAAGGUCAAGGUGGUCAAUCCACCCUUCUCUGGGCCUAUUGUGGUCCACUGCAGCGCUGGUGUUGGGAGGACAGGAACCUUCAUCGUAAUAGACGCCAUGAUCGACAUGAUGCACGCAGGGCAGAAAGUUGAUGCGUUUGGGUUUGUUGCUAAGAUACGAGAGCAGCGAUCACAGCUUGUUCAGACAGAUAUGCAGUACUCCUUCAUCUACCAGGCCCUGCUUGAAUACUACCUCUACGGAGACACGGAGCUGGACGUGUCGUCUCUGGAAGGACAUCUGCACAAACUGCACAACACAUUCACAACCGGUGACCGGGUCGGCCUAGAGGAAGAGUUUAAGAAACUGACCAACAUGAGAAUAAUGAAGGAGAACAUGAGAACAGGGAACCUCCCUGCCAACAUGAAGAAGAACAGAGUUCUGCAAAUUAUUCCAUAUGACUUCAACAGAGUCAUUCUCUCCAUGAGAAGAGGUCAGGAGUUCACAGAUUACGUCAACGCGUCUUUUAUAGAUGGCUACAGACAGAAGGACUACUUCAUCGCCACCCAGGGCCCUCUGACACACACAGUGGAGGAUUUCUGGAGAAUGGUGUGGGAAUGGAAAUGUCACUCCAUUGUAAUGCUGACGGAGCUCCAGGAGAGGGAGCAGGACAAAUGUUGCCAUUACUGGCCAGCAGAGGACUCUAUCACCUACGGAGAUUACAAAGUAGAGUUGAAGGGAGACACUUUGUGUGACACCUUCAGUCUACGAGACUUGGUACUCACCUUUGUGCCGGAGAAGCAGACCAGGGUGAUCAGGCACUUCCACUUCCACGGCUGGCCAGAGGUCGGCAUCCCGGCCGAGGGGAAAGGCAUGAUCGACAUCAUCGCCUCGGUGCAGAGACAGCAGCAGCAAUCUGGCAACCAUCCCAUCGUCGUACACUGCAGUGCUGGUGCAGGGCGAACAGGUACGUUCAUUGCACUGAGCAAUAUCCUGGAGCGAGUCAAAGCAGAGGGCCUGCUGGACGUGUUCCAAACUGUGAAGAGUUUACGCAUGCAGAGGCCUCAUAUGGUCCAAACCGUGGAACAAUAUGACUUCUGCUACAGGGUGGUACAAGACUUUGUCGACAUUUUCUCAGACUAUGCCAAUUUUAAAUGACGAGAUUUGCCUUAAACAUGGUUUUUAAUGUUGUUUUCUAAAGCUGGUUUGUCAGUUUUAUGGGUUUCUUUAACUCAGUCAAAUGAUCUAUUUUGCUAUGCACUUGUCCUUCCAUUAACUCCAUCCUCGCUGUAAUAUAAUGUAUGUCAGUUGACGAAAAUUGUAAAUGAAAAAAGUUAGAUUAUUAAUGUAUAUUUCACAUCAUGUAUGAUAAUUAAUUUGUCAUGAAGUGUUGGUCUCUUAUUUCAGUUAUGUUGUAUAAUACUGUACUUCAAAUGUUUAUCUAAGUGUUACUUUGACCAUGUAAUAUUUUUAAAAGUUGUACUUAUUGUAAAUGUAUUUAUGUAUUGACGAUGACAUUCCAUUCUUGAGUUUGGAGAACAUGACGGGAAUGUUAAGAUAUUUUUUAGUUUUUAUGUAAACAUACCGUACAUAAUUUCAUUUAUUGAUGACUUCUAUCUGAGAUUGGAGGCGAUACUGAAACUAUAUGCCCAUCACGAAUGCGAUACUCUUUCCAAUGGAAAUAUUUUCAGAAAAAGAAUGAAUCACCACAGCCAUAUUGCAGAAAACAUGAAUUUAUGCAACAGAGGUGGAGGUGACAAUACUGGAGUUAAAUUCCUACGGAUAGAUUCAGGAAGAAGUUUCUCUCACAGUCAUACAAUAACAUUUAACUGGUUUUGUACCUCAAAAUAGUGGUAUGCAACUGCAUUUAACAUGGAUGUAACAGUCUGCCUUUUCUCUGUAGACAGCAAAAACAGUUUUGCUAAAAUGACUGCACAUUCAAAAGCACAUAUAACUAAGCCUUUUGCCAAGAACCUGCAAUUUCCAAGAGUUUGUUUAUUGCUUUAUAUAAUAGAUUUUUCACAAAUCAGUGCCAUAUGUACUUUUUGUAAGACAUGGAAAAGUAGAACACCUAUAGAGUGAAGGCCAAGCAAUGAAAGGUGAUCUUAGGGAAAGGUAAGUGUGGGCUAUAAAUGCAGUAGAGUUGGAACGAUUUAUUGACAACCUGUUUCAGAUGCACUGUAAACGCAUAGUCAAGUAUAUAAAGUGCUACAUUAGAUAAGACAUGUUAUGGUAAAACCACACGUGGUGCUUCAGUGCCUGCUUUAUGGCAGAGAAAAAAAAGUACUAUCAUUGUUCAGUCACUUUUUGGAAUACCUUGUUUUUUCGCAUGGGUUAAAAUGAGGAAGCAGAGUUUUUCAUAGAAAAGCAUCUAGUGGUUGUUUUAUUUAUAGGGAAGCAUCUGAAUAUGACACUGCUCCCGAUUCAUCUGGUACUCAAACAUUAACACAACAUUUGGAAUAAUUUCACCCAGCUCUGAUCGAAUCCUUAAAAAACUGUUAAUGCUGUUUGUAGAUACUACAUGAAAAAGUGCUAACAUCAAAAUGGCUGAGCAGCAAGGGACUGUCAAGUCAUUGCUCAUUUUCUUGUGUGCUAUAUGUCUGUGGGAGAUGUGCAGUGAAGUUAAAGAAGAGAUUUGACAAAAUAACCCAUAGUCUAUUAAACCACGGUUUAUUUUCUGUCUCUCACUUCCUGUUAAGAGUAUGGAGGAGGGUCUGUUUAGACCACAGCUCUUUGCCUUUGCUCUCUGUGGGUGGUCUAUAUCCAUUUUUGGAUUCUCAAUGUCUUUCAAAUGCAAGUUGCAAUAUUAAAUUCAUCUAAAAAUGC